AUGGCGGCGGAGCAGUUCCUGGCGACCAAGUGGAGUGACGUCGGAGGCGGAGCGGCGGAGCCCGGAAGUGGAGGAGGCCUGGAGAGCACGGUGACGUGCGGCGCAAUUCGGCGGAGCCACCAGUGGACAGUAGCCAGAACUGCAGCCUACACAAAACCGUGCACCAGUACGAGGCCUGCCGGAGGAAGCCGCUCAGAGAAGAUCGGCUCCAGAAGGUCACCAGGAUGCCGAUAUCCGAAGUCGCUGAAGGAAGCCGGAGAACAACUAGCCCUGGGUGCUGGGUAUGGAAGCUGGAGUGAACUGGCUAAAGCUCUGGGAAACCAGGAGACACCUAUAGUGGACCCAAGCCUUCAGUUUUACCUGCCUCAGAAGCCAGAAUAUCAGAACGCUGUGCACCGCGCAAGCAAGAACAGCAAGAACGAUUCCGCGACGUUGGACAACUCUCCCCCUUGGAGGCCUGAGUUCCAAGGCCAAGUCAAUCUCCAUGUCUUUGAGGACUGGUGUGGAAGCUCUAUUGAGCAGCUGAGAAAGAACAUCCACUUCCCAUUGUACCCUCAUAUACGGACCACUUUAAAGAAACUGGCAGCGUCUCCAAAAUGGACCAACUAUGGGUUGCGCAUAUUUGGCUUCCUGCAUCCACUCAGUGAUGGUGAGUUUCAGUUUGCCAUUGCUGCUGACAACAAUGCAGAGUUCUGGCUGAGUGGAGAUGAGAACGUCUCUGGCAUCCAGCUCCUGGCCAGUGUGGGCAAGUGGAGGCUGAAUGACCCAGAAGCCACAUUUGCGAUUAUCGACGCUCCGUCCCUCUCCCUUUUUGCUAAUGAAAGCCUUUUGAAAAUGAGUGAGAUUGAUCACAUCCCUCAGUCAUUGGCCACUCAUGAAAGCCGUAUUACACAAAGUCGGCAUGCGCAGGAACACCCAGCGGAUAUGCUGAAACCGGACCCUCGGGACACCAUUUAUAAAGUGCCUCUGCUAAGCAAAUCACAGAUGCGCAGGGUCCUUCCAGACUGCCCUUACAAACCAAGCUACCUAGUCAACGGAUUCCCUCUGCAGCGCUAUCAGGGGCUCCAGUUUGUUCAUUUGUCCUUCAUAUAUCCCAAUGACUACAGCCGCCUGAGCCACAUGGAAACAGAAAAUAAGUGCUUUUACCAAGAAAAUGCCUAUUACCUAGACAGAUUUGGAUUCUCGAAGUAUAUGAAAAUUGACAGACCAGAGGGGGUAAAUCUAGAGUAUGAGGAAAUGACAGAACAGGCAGGCUUUGAGGGAGAAAAUUCUGAUGACAUCCAGUACACAGACCCUGAAGGAGAAGACUCAUUUCCCCAACGGAAUUCUACGAGACUCAAGGAUGAUAAAGACCCCACUCUAGCGGCAGAGUACGGCAAUCCUUACGAUUAUUCUCCACAAAAGCAUCGGACUCUCUUGUCAGUUACUAGUGUUGGCCAGAAAACAGGAAGCAAAGAAGCUAAAAGUCUGAGAAUGACUUCAAUCGGUCAGAGCAACAAUAAAAACGAUCCAGAAAAAAAUUCACUGAGGAGGAAGACACGUUUGAAAGGUAGAGUCAUAGAAAGUUCCAGAAACUCCGCUCAGGACAGGAGUGUCCAUGAGUUAUCAGUGAGCAAGAGGAAUGUGGGAGAUGAGGAGCUGCAGUCUCACAAAAGGUCCAAAAUGGCCAGGGAGCAAAAUCCCAUCAGGCCCAGGGACUCAACCAGAAGGAUGCCAAGAAAAGCCCGUCCUGCUCAAUUAGGUCUUAACACAAACAGUAACGAGGACCUGUCAGUGGAUACCACAAAAACAAGGACACAAUCCCAGGUGUCCGUCAAAGGUGCUGUAGAGACAACUCUUCUGGAACGGCCAGUUCAUGAGGACCAGUGGCUUAAUCAAGUGGAUUCGUAUAUAGCCCAGCACAAGGCGGCAGAUGCUGCCAAUGUGGUCUUGGGAAGGAUCGAGCUGGAUUUCCAGAAGCCUGUUGGGGUUGAUUCUGUUCAGCCAGCAGUUCAAGAAGGGGAGGAGGAAGAGGAGCUGGUGGUAGAGGACAGGGAAGGAGAAGUUGAUGCAGAAGAAGAAGGAUUUGACUACAUUCCUGUAUUCGACCAACCAGUGAACUGGGAGCAGACUUUCAGGGCAAGUAACCUGGACUUCCAAGUGCUGAGGACAGACUGGAUUGAUCUGAAGUGCAACACUUCAGGGAACCUGCUGCUGAAGGAGAAGGAAGCCCUGGAGAUCACUCGUGUAUUCCUGAAGAAACUCAACCAGAGGCACAAAGGGCGAUUCCAACUGCGGCGCAUUGUGAAUGUAGAGAAACGUCAAGACCACCUGCGGGGCAGCCGCUACCUUCUGGAGCUGGAGUUGCUGGAGCGGGGUGGGCACCUUGUCCGUUUCUCGGAAUACGUCUUUGCGCGGGAAUGGCAAGGGAUCAGCAGUGUGGAGGAGGAGAGGAUUAUGAAGGACUUGGCGUGGGGACGCCGGCGGCAUCUGAUGGCCAUCCCAGAAGAACCAGUCCUUUGCUGGCCAUUGGGCUUUUCCUGGAACCACCGUGCCAUGGUCCACUUCAUUGUGCCAGUGAAAAACCAGGCCCGCUGGGUACUGCAGUUCAUUAAGGACAUGGAAGAGCUGCUCAGGUUGACAAAGGACCCACACUUCAACGUCAUCAUCACAGACUAUGAUAGUGACGACAUGGAUGUCGAAAAGGCCCUGAAAAAGUCCACCUUGCGCAGGUACCAGUACUUGCGACUUACAGGGAAUUUUCAGCGUUCUGCAGGCCUGCAAGCAGGAAUAGACCUAGUGAAGGAUUCACAUAGCAUCAUUUUCCUGUGUGACCUCCACAUCCAUUUCCCGGCAGGGAUCAUCGACUCAAUUCGGAAGCACUGUGUGGAGGGGAAAAUGGCCUUUGCACCCAUGGUUAUGAGGCUACAGUGUGGUGCAUCCCCACAACGGCCUGAUGGCUACUGGGAGGUGAAUGGCUUUGGUCUCCUAGGGAUAUACAAGUCUGAUCUGGUUCGUAUUGGAGGCAUGAACACCAAAGAGUUCCGGGAGCGAUGGGGAGGAGAGGACUGGGAACUCCUGGACAGGAUCUUUCAGGCCGGCCUGGAGGUGGAGCGACUUUCCCUCAGGAACUUCUUCCAUCACUUCCACUCCAAGCGAGGCAUGUGGAACCGGCGCCAGCUGAAGAAGUGACAGCUUUUGCACUCCUGAACCUCAGCAUGCACUUUAUACAGGCAUAUCACCCAAGCGGACAUUCCCCUUCUCCCCAAUGGAAAUCAACCUACAAGUUCAGCUGUUUACACAUGGAUGUGUCAUGAAAAAAGAAGACAAAGCCAUGGAACGGGGAGCUCUUCUCUAGGAAGGGGUGGGGGGAAUCAGAAGACUAUGAGCCUGUAUGAGCACAUACAGUCCAGAGAGUGGCUUUUGAAAGUAAGCAAUGCCUUUUCUCACCAGCAGUUUGCAAAGGGAAAGGACGCACAACACAGACCUUUCCCCCCCACCACCUAAAGGAUCCUUCAGUGGCCUUAUCAGGUUUUACUUAUUUUAAACAAAAAUGCAAAAGCAGCAGUGCAAAAGUAAUGAUUUCCAACGACUUAGGAGAAUUCCCCAAACCUUGAUGUUCUUGGCCUGGGAUCAGUGACACACGGUGCCCUGGAGGGCCCUCAGGAUAAUUGGAGGGUGGAUCUUCUAUGACCAGGAGGACUUCAGAGAUCCAGUCGACAGAGUCAGAGGAACUGGAGCACCUGUCAUCGUGUGUUGUAAGGGGAAGGUCCCCUCGUUAUAUCUGGUACAAGUUAUUUAUAUAAUGAUGCAGCUUCUCCCUUUUUUUUUCUUUUUUUUGAGAUACUUGAACAGAAACAUUCUGAAAUUCAUCAUGCCUUUGGACCAAAUUCUCUGAUGUAGCUUGGGUCUGCAUCCUCACGCACUAGCCCCAUUGGGACCCUUUGAGGAGCUGAUGGAUUCCUCUCCUCAGUCUAAGCAAAUGAUGCUUUACUCAGGUGUAGCAAAAAAAAUAUAUCCUUGGGCCUUAUGUGGAAUCGAAGGUGCCUUUUGACUACCUGCCUACGUCUUUCUUGGGUUAAUCAGCAACCCAUUUGAGUGAACUCAUGCCAAGCGGCCUCGCAAGGAUCGUAGUCGGUUAUAGGAAAAGAACUCUGCUGAUCCUGACAAUCUUAUAUGAAAUGUGACUUAGGGAACAUAGAAAAACAGGAAUAUUUAUUUCAUAUGCUAAAACACUUUGUGAAGGAGAGAGUCAUCCAUUUGUUCAUUAUGAGGCCACCUGCUCUUUCUUCAAGGUAAUAUGGAGUGUAGUGGUUGGGAGAUUUAUUUAAUAAGUUAUGAUUUUGCUGUUAUGUUCUGGAAGUGAUUAUGCAUGGGGGGAACAGGUGUUCCUUCACUGAUGCAAGAAAAAGAGCUGCUAUCUACAUGACAUUAUGGGAGGGCCAUGGGAGAAGCCCUCCUUUGGGCACGUUGUUGGUGUGAUGUGCACCUUCAGGAGACAAACCUUUGAAGAACUUUACAGAUGGGUAGCAGCUGUACGCAGGACUGUGUGGCAGGGUAGGUUUUCUGAGACAGGAGGGGUUUUUUGUUUUGACUUAGACUUAUGCAGAUUUACACACACACACACGGGUCAGAUCACAAUGGAAAGUGGCAUUUUCUGACUCGAAAGCACGAAUUCCCAACCUUUUACGUCUGCAAAACUUGCCUUUGUGCCCCCAGUUCUUGUAGCAUAAGUAGAAAAAUAGCAAAACUAUCUACAUUAUCAUGCUGGGUCCAGGUGUUUUCUCAGACCUGCUGGUCGGGCUUUUCCUAGGAAUGGCUGCUGACUUUACAGGGCCUUUGCUCUGUUUGCAAUGCUAGCAAUCAUCACUAUAGGAAAUAGUCUGGCCCAGUUCUUCCCUCUCCCACAGAGUUGGACUUGGGACCCUCUGUGUGUAUGAGAGAGUUCCUGUGUGUGUCUUUGUCCUAGGACAAGCACUGGGGGGUGGCAGAUCUGGGUUAUGCCGUGCAGAACUGGGCUCCGUCGCCCUAUUCCUUACCCAGUGAUGGUGGUAGCUGAUAAUACCCUUCCAGAUGUCAUCACACAGUUGGGCGCAUUAGAUAAAUGCAAGUAAACAUCUCAGGUUUUAUAGCUUGCUUGCAUCUUUGUGCAAAUAUUUCAUGUGGAAGACAGACCCUGUGGCUCCAGAACAUGAAUAAUGGGUAAAAUAAGCUCUGUAAGAAGCUCCAAGAGUCUGCAUGUUUCUUCCAUGUAAGAUGGACAUAAGCUGCUCAUUUCUAGUAGGAGUGCAGAACAGUGGUAGCAAAGAAGUACAUACAUUUACUGUUUUUCCCCCAAUGGAAAAUGCUACUUGUAUCAUAUUUUAAUUUAUUUAAGUAUAUAUCCGUCUGAAGUUGGUUGCUGCCUGCCAGGAAGUAUGUUUUAAAAUAGACAGGACAUGUGACUUGAGUUUUGCAUCUGCAGUCCUCUGACACACACAUUUGCAUGUUUAAAGUCACAGGUUCAAUCCCUUGCCAGUCCAGUUAAGGGCUGUCAAUAGGGUUGUCAUCCUCCAGGUGGGGCCUGGGGAUCUGUCAGAAUCACAACCAUUCUCCACGUUACAGAGAUCAGUUACCCUGGAGAAAAUAACUGCUUUGGAGGGUGGACUAUAUGGCAUUAUAUCCCGCUGAGGUCUUUCCCCUCUUUCCACCCCCUAAUCUUGAGAAAGUUCCCAGCUCCAAGUUGGUAACCCUAACUCUCAGGUAACACACCUGGGAAAGAAAAUCUCUGCUGGAGACCUUGGGGAACUACUGCUGGUCGUUUUGGGCAGCAUGAAGUUAGAUAUCGGCAGCUCCUGUUACCCUUUACCAAAGCCAUUAGAUAUUUUCUGUGCUAACAGUGUGGUCUCUAUCCACUGCUACUGCUAUGUAGCCCCUGAGAGUCCAUGCUUUGAAAUCUACUGGAGUAAAAGCUCGAGCUCAGCCAUUCAGGAGGGAGUCUUCAUUAGCAAACGGUAGCACUGCAGAGAUCCUAAGAGGGCUCUUCUGAUUUAGCUCAUAAAAACUCAUAUAAAACAACCGUUCAACCGUUCAUGAGUAUGAGCAUCUAGUUUUAUGAAUUAGCACUCUGGGCAUUCAACACAUGAUGCAUCUUGAGAAGGUUCACAGAAGCUUGGCUUACAUGUGUGUUCAUCCCCAUUCAGCAGCACCACACACCACGUUUUGGCGUUUUUGUGCAGGUGGCAUGUACAAGGGUAUUUACAGUAGAAGAAGAAGAAGAGAUUGGAUUUAUACCCCGCCCUUCACUACCCAAAGGUGUCUCAG